GUGUUAUUGCUUAUUCUAGUACUGAAGCCGAGUACCGUGCUCUCGUGGAUACCAACUCUGAACUAAUCUGGCUUCGUUGGCUACUACAAGACAUGAGUGUCUCUCUUCCUACUUCAACUCCCAUCUACUGCGACAACAAGAGUGCUACUCAAAUUGCUCACAAUGAUGUAUUUCAUGAACGUACCAAGCAUAUCAAGAUCGAUUAAUUGUCACUUUGUUCGGCAUCAUUUACUACAAGGCACUCUCACUCUCCUCUUUGUUCCUUCAGUGCACCAACUCGCAGAUCUAUUUACAAAAACGCUUCCUUCCGGUCGUUUUCAUUUCUUGGUGUCCAAACUCAAGUUGGUUUUCUCUGACCCACCAUGACUUUGAGGGGAGGUGUUAAUGUACAUCCCCAACCCCUAACUAUAAUUUUAAGUUGGUGCUAACAAAUUGGGGAGGUGUUAAUGUACAUCCCCAACCCCUAACUAUAAUGUUAAGUUGGUGCUAACAAAUUGAGGCGGUGUUAAUGUAUCCCCAACCCCCACCUAUAAUAUUGAAUUUCUUAUGUAAAACUCUUGUAUAAAUAGGUUGUUCUACACAUAAUGGAAUACACUAAGAUUUAAAGUUUCCAUCUUCUUACACCUUCCUUCCUCUAUAAAUUCCCAUGCCUAGUCUUCUAUUAUUUCAUUGCCUCUUGCUAUAGUUUCUCAUUCCAUCUUAUCCUUCUAUCUUUGAUCUUCAUUUCGACUCACACAGUUGACUCAUCAGAGUGUAAUACUCAUGGGUUCACUAGGAGAAAUGCAUGAAACACAAGGUGCCAAGUCUCCAGCAAUGGUACUGGCAAUUGGAACUGCAAACCCAUCCUUUUCUGUUAAUCAGACUGAAUUCCCUGAUUUUUACUUCAGAAGUACAAAGACUGAGCACAUGACCGAGUUGAAGGAGAAGUUCAAGCGAAUGUGUGAAAACUCAAAGAUAAGGAAUCGCCACAUUUACAUGACAGAGGAUUAUCUCAAGGAAAACGCAUGUCUCUGCGACCCCAAGGCUGCAACACUUGACUCACGUCAAGAUAUUAUGGUUGUUGAAGUACCCAAUUUGGCCAAGGAAGCUGCAUUGAAUGCCCUUGAAGAGUGGGGUCAACCCAAGACAAACAUCACCCACCUUGUAUUCACUACCAUAUGUGGUGUUGAUGCACCUGGUGCUGACUAUCAGCUUGUCAAGCUCCUUGGCCUUUCACUGAACAUUAGACGUGUGAUGAUGUAUCAUCUAGGCUGCUUUGGUGGUGCCACUGCCCUUCGUGUGGCCAAAGAUCUCGCUGAGAAUAACAAAGGUGCUCGUGUACUAGUUGUUUGUUCUGAAAUAAACUCAGUGAAUGGCUUCAAGGUGCCUGUAGAGAAUGACUUUGACUCAUUGCUAGGGAUGGCACUCUUCUCAGAUGGUGCAGCAGCUAUGAUAAUUGGUUCAGACCCUAACCCAUCAGUGGAGCGCCCACUAUUUGAACUAUACUCGGCCGGUUCUAAGAUUAUCCCAGACUCAGAAGAGAUGGUUGCUGCCCAUUUGCGUCAAUCUGGUCUUUCAAUCCUAUUGAACAAGAAGUUGGCAGCAACUAUCUCUGGAAACAUUGAGAAAUGCCUAGAAGAAGCAUUCAGUAAGAUUGGUAUUAGUGAUUGGAAUUCCAUUUUUUGGGUGGUUCACCCUGGUGGACCAGCAAUUUUGGACCGAAUCCAAGAAAAAAUUGGCUUGAAGGAUGAUAAACUAAGGGCAGCAAGAGAAGUGUUGGUUGAGUAUGGUAACAUGUCAAGCCCCACUUUGUUGUUCAUUAUGGAUGAGAUGAGAAAGAAGUCCAUGAAAGAAGGUAAAACUACAACUGGUGAAGGGUUUGAAUGGGGUGUGCUGUUCGGGUUCGGACCAGGUGUGACUGUGGAAACAAUUGUCUUACGUAGUGUUAGUAUAGUUUGAUCAGCUCAUUAUGCAAUUAUUGGUGUCAUAGUACAACUAAGUUUAUCUAAAUAAAGUCUCUCCUCCCCAGUGUGAGAAGAGACAUAAUAGUAAAGUCACAGUUUAAUGUAAUAAAGAUGUUUUCAGUCCUGGGCUGUUUCUAAAGUCUAUAUUUUGUGUUGAAUAUUGGUUGGAUUGUUUGCUGACGUUGGCCUUUCUGGUGAACGUACUUGCAGUGUACAGAUACUAAGUUGUUAAUAUGUAAUCUUUUUUUUUUCCCUCUUAGUGUAACACCCUUCUUAAUAAAUUUAAAAUUGCCAUUUCA